AACUAUCGCGUUUGCCAAAUCCUGAGGAUCCUCCGUAAGCAGGAAUCGACUUGCGAGCGAAUUGCCGAGGUUCGUGAGAUAGGGGACACUGUCCAUUGCACUCUCACUUAAGGUGACUGCUUCCGUUGCGCAAUCUAUCGCUCUGUCAAUAUCGGCCGGACGUUGCAAUCUAUCAAAUUGGCGCUCGUAGCAAACUCCCAAGUUGCCCAGAUACAUCAUUCUGUCAGGGUGGCCUGCGGGUGUGAGAUCCAGAGCCCGUUGCCCCAUCUGCGUCGCAGUCUGUAAAUCGUCCAGGGAGGCUAGCUUUGUAUAACGAUAGCCAUGAAUCAGGCUCAAAGUGUUCAGGCACAUGGCCUGUGAUCCCUGGCUUGAGCUACUCGCGCUCAGUGCGUCCUGUCCGACCGCAAUGGCUCGCUCUAAAUCACGUACAUCUUCGCGUAUCUCAAAGCGGUCGCCUAGGGACGUGGCAAGGUUGCUAAGGAUCAAUACUCGCUUGGUACGGUCAUGGAUGGCCCGGGAUGCAUCCUCUAAUAAAUCAAUCGCCUCUGAAAUAUCUUGUAUGUCUUCUGUUGUGUCGAAUCGUUCGCGCAGGCGACAGCCUAGGUCAUUAAGGUAGAUCGCACGUUCCGGGAGAGAUGAAUUGUCUAACGCUUGUCGUGCACAAUCGAUCGAUUCGUCGAGGCAGGCUAGAUCCCCACUUUCGUAGUAUUCUUGCAGUAGGUUCCGGCCUUGACUGGCCCAAAUCAUCGCCAAAGGCGAAUUGCUGUGUUCACUGUACUCCAUUGUGACACGGGACAAGCUGAGGGAAAGAGAUGUGGAAAACACAUCAUGAAGAAACUGAUGUGAUGUGACUUCGAAGAAGCACGUGCAGACAGCCUAAGCAGCGAUUUGCAUCUUCGGAGUCAUUUGGUUGGUGCCUGGGUCCAUUUAAAUUGCGGCGCAGGAGGAGGAUAAACCGAACAAGCAUAGCGCGUGGAGCUCCC